AUGAGCGAGCAGUUCGUCCUGCGAUGGCACUACCAAGAGCUCACCCUCCUCAAAAACCUCACCACGUUCCUCGAAAACGACGUUCUCACCGAUGUCACCAUCUCGGUCGAAUCCCACACCGUUAAGGCGCACAAACUGGUGUUAGCAAUGUGCAGUGUGUACUUUUUCCAGCUGUUCCAGGAAAUGAGGGACACGCAGCAUCCGGUCAUUGUGCUGCAUAACGUCGCCCUGAGCGACAUUAAGGCCGUCCUGGCGUUCAUAUACAGGGGGCAGUGCGUGGUCUCCAAGGAGCAGCUGCCAGGGCUGCUCUCCCUGGCCAAGCUCCUCAAAAUACAAGGACUAUGUGAUAUGAAGGUACCUGAAAAACCCCAACUAAACGACAUUUCAAGCGAAAAAAGACCAAACUCAACCGACAAUGCGCACAAAACCGAAAGUUCGGAAAAAGCAACCGAACAUUUUGCGGAAACUUUCCUGAAAAACAACGACGAAGAAGACGACAGUUACUCGCUUCCGAGUAAAAAACAUGCGAAAGACUUGUCUGAAACUUGCAAGUGCUUCCUUUGUGGCAAAUACCUCAGUAAUCAGUACAAUUUGCGCGUGCACAUGGAGACCCACGAAGAGGCUUACCAUGCCUGCCAGUCUUGCCCCCACGUGUCACGAAGUCGGGACGCUUUGAGAAAACACGUCUCGUACCGACACCCAGAGGAGUACCACACCAGGAAGCGCAAAAAAAUAACUUGAACUUUAUCAGACAGCUAUUUAUUCAAUAUAAACAAAAAUAAUACUUUUUAGAUUAUAGUAUUUGGAUGAUUUA